AAAUACAACACAGCCAUUUUAUGCGUCCACUAAGGAGCAGGCCCGUCAAAUAUCUAUCCGCCGGCUCCAUUUGAAAGUUUCCAAGGCGAAAAAAUGAAUGCUUUUAUUCCCCAACGACAUCAGCAACACUAACCUCUACCACACAACCUUCCUUCCCUCCCCCUGAGAGAGAGAGAGGAAGCUUCCUUCCCUUGAGGGAGAGAUAGGGAGAGGAAGAGAGAGAGAGAGAGAGAGAUGGAUCCUUGCCCCUUCGCUAGGCUGAUCGUGGAGUCCCUCGCUUUAAAGCUACCGACGGUGUCCAAGCCAGCCGGUCCGGGCGUCCACCCUUCGACCACCCCGUGUUUCUGUACUAUCCGACUCCAAGAUCAUCCCUCCGCUGCCCAAACUGCCCCUCUCCCCCUCGCCGCCCCCUCAUCCUCCGACCCCUCCCUCACUGCCUCCGCCGCCGCCCCAGUCGUCUUCAGCCUCGACCCGGCAGCCCUCCAGAAGCUCUCCUGCAAGCCGGCGAGCCUCGUCGUCUCGGUCUACGCGGGCCGGACAGGGAGCACGUGUGGGUUCAGCGCGGGCCGCCUGCUGGGUCGAGUGCGGAUCGGGGUGGACCUGGAGGCGGCGCCGGUGAGGGCGAUGGUGAUGCAGACCGGGUGGAUGAGCGUGGGCGGCCGCCGGUCCGCGGCCCGGCUGCACCUGGUUGUUCGGUCCGAGCCGGACCCCCGGUUCGUGUUCCAGUUCGGGGGCGAGCCGGAGUGCAGCCCGGUGGUGUACCAGGUACAGGGGAACGGCGGCGGACACAGCAGCUGCCUUCGGCAACCGGUUUUCAGCUGCCGCUUCUCUGCCGACCGCCGGCGGAACACCGGAUCCGGACCACUGCCGCCCCAUUCCUCCAGCAGCUCCAUCAGAGGCUGGUUUGGGAGCGAAAGAAACCAUCUAAGGCGGGAGCAGCGCAAGGGAUGGACGGUCACGAUCCACGAUCUCUCAGGCUCCCCAGUGGCGGCCGCGUCCAUGAUCACCCCAUUCGUCCCCUCCCCCGGCUCGGACCGGGUGUCCCGGUCUAACCCGGGGGCGUGGCUCAUCCUCCGGCCCACCGGCUUCUCCGGUUCGACCCCCAACUGGAAGCCAUGGGGCCGGCUCGAGGCCUGGCGAGAGCGGGGCCCAGUCGACGCCUUGGGCUACAGGUUCGAGCUCGUCACCGACUCCGGGCCCUCCGGCGGGAUCCCGAUCGCCGAGUCCUCUUUUAGCGUCCGCAAAGGUGGUCGGUUUUGCAUCGACCCGGACCCCGGCGUCGCUGGCGACACCGUGUCCAGAUCCUGGCCGUUCGUUGGGGGUUUCGUUAUGGCGGCCGACGUAGAAGGGGAGCGAAAGGUAAGCAAACCAACGGUUCAAGUUGGGGCGCAACAUGUUUCCUGUAUGGCUGAUGUGGCCCUAUUUAUAGCACUAUCAGCAGCCGUUGAUCUCAGCAUCGACGCCUGCCAAUUGUUCUCUCAGAAGCUGAGGAAGGAGCUGUGCCAGGACCAACAAAACCUUUGACUGUCCAUCAUCCAAUGUAAUUGUGAGGUGAUAACUAAUGGCUUCUACUGUAGUCUUGGUUUGAUCACAAUGGAAAAAUUGGCUACUUAUAUUCUUUUAUCGGUUUGCUAAUUGUUUUUCUCUUUUUUCUCAUCUGUGGUCGUCCCUUGACUUGUGAUGAAUGCUCGUAAUCUGAGAAGGUACAGAGCUUUUGACGUUUUUGUUUUUUUUUUAUUAUUAUUUUAAUCUUGGCUUGGAGAGUGUUGUAAAUGUUAAUGGACAGAACAUUGUGAGAUUUUUUUUUUUUAAUGUUGAUAUACUGAUCAAGAUUUAUAUUUUGAUGCAUUUU